GUACGUCGAACGGCAGAUGUACUUUCAAACAUGGCCGCUUCUCCGUCUUGAAACGACCAUUACCGUUUUCCCAUUUCAAUUAAAACACUUAUAACUAAUCUGUGCAAUUAAAAACGACAUAACUCCGUUCGAUUUUCACUAAUUUUCCUUUUGUACAUCAGUUUUGUUUUUGACACCAGUCAGAAAUAACGUCAAAAAUAUGUACAACAGCACCGGUUAUCCAAUGUAUCAACAGCAACGUACAACCCAAAAUCAAGGUUAUGGCAAUCAAUUUUGGAAAUCUCAAAAUGGCAACACAGAAAAUGCAGAUUUUGGUGGUGCAAUGUUUAAACCCAUGAAUAAGGCCCCAGGUGAAUUAUUAAGAAAGCCAAACUGGACUCGUGAAUCUCUUCAACCGUUCAAAAAAGAUUUUUAUACUCCCCAUGUAGAUACUGUUAGCAGGAGUCCAGAUGAAGUAAAUUUGUAUCGUGUUGAUAAAGCAAUUACUAUUCGUGGUGCAAAUGUUCCAGAUCCUAGUCAAUUCUUUAUUGAAGGUAAUUUCCCUGAAAGUGUUGUGCAAGAAUUAAAAAAACAAGGAUUUUCUGAACCUACUGCAAUUCAAGCUCAAGGAUGGCCAAUAGCAUUAAGUGGCCGAGAUCUUGUAGGCAUUGCUCAGACAGGCUCCGGAAAAACAUUAGCAUAUAUGCUACCAGCAGCUGUGCACAUUAGUAAUCAAGAACCUCUUCAACGUGGGGAUGGACCUAUUGCCUUAGUAUUAGCUCCAACUAGAGAAUUAGCUCAACAAAUACAAAGUGUUGCAAAAAUGUUUAGCUCAAGUAUUCGUAACACUUGCAUAUUUGGCGGUACUCCCAAAGGACCUCAAGCUCAUGAUUUACAAAACGGGGUUGAAAUUGUAAUUGCUACUCCUGGACGAUUAAUUGAUUUCUUAGAGCGUGGAUCCACUAACUUGAAACGUGUGACUUACUUAGUACUUGAUGAAGCUGAUAGAAUGUUGGAUAUGGGAUUUGAACCACAGAUAAGAAAAAUUAUUGAACAGAUAAGGCCUGAUAGACAAGUAUUGAUGUGGUCUGCAACUUGGCCUAAAGAAGUUCAAGCAUUAGCUGCAGAUUUCUUAGUUGACUAUAUUCAAAUAAAUGUAGGUUCUUUAGAACUUGCUGCUAAUCAUAAUAUUCAACAAAUUAUUGAAGUUUGUGAAGAUCAUGAAAAAGAUUAUAAGUUGUUUGAUCUUUUAAUGAAAAUAUCAAAUGAACCUGGGUUCAAAGCUAUUAUUUUUGUUGAAAAAAAGAAAAAAGUUGAUGAGUUAACGAGGCAAAUAAAGAAUGAAGGGUAUGUAGCAACAUCCAUGCAUGGUGAUAAAUCUCAACAAGACCGUGAUCAUGUAUUAAAUGAAUUUAGAAAUGGAAAAUCACCCAUAUUGGUUGCUACUGAUGUAGCUGCUCGUGGAUUAGAUGUUGAUGACGUAAAGUAUGUCAUCAAUUUUGAUUAUCCAAACUCUUCAGAAGAUUAUGUUCAUAGAAUUGGUAGAACUGGUCGUUCUAAACAAGCUGGUAUUGCGUAUACAUUCUUUUCUACAAAUAACAUGCGCCAAGCAAAAGAUCUUAUUUCAAUAUUAGAAGAAGCUCAUCAAGUAGUUCCAGAUGAACUUAUUGAAAUGGCAAAUAUGGCAAAAAAUCACAUGUCAAGUCGAGCUAAAUGGACCAAUCGUUAUCGUGAUGUUAAUACACCACUGGCAACUCAAACACCCUAUGGGCAAUCAAACAAUGUCAGAACUGCUAAUACCAACUAUACUAAUGGGUCUGGUUACGGAGGUGGCGGCUAUGGAAAUAACUUUAAUAAUUAUAGUAAUGGAGCUACCAAUUAUCCUAAUGGAUCUUUUGGCAAUGGUCAAAAUUAUCAAAAUAAAAGUUACAAUAAUGAACAUAAAAAUGGAACAUACCAAUCAGGGACCGGUAGUAUACCUCGUAAUGUUCAAAAAUUCCAAAACCCUCAAUAUCAAACUCAACAAUAUAAUGCAAAUGCUGGUCAAAAAUAUGGACAAAAUCAGAACACAGUUGGCUAUAACCGCGGUCAAAAUGGCUACACUAAUAAUCCACGCACCAAUUAUCAACCCAAUCGCUAUAACCAACAACGCCAGUUUUCCAAUAUGGCCGAUAUGUAUGCAAGUACCUUGCCACCUCAGUAUAUGAUGAAUAAUGCUGGUGAUGCUUCCAUUCAACCUUUACUGACACAUAAGUUCUUCCAACAGAACCGUCCCCCAACUGCUACUCAAGAAGCGUUCCCAAAUGGCUACACCACUGUGCCACAAGCAGGAUAUCCAUACUACGGUCAACCUCAGACAGUCCAACAAUAAACAAAACAUAAAACUCAUAUUUAAUGAUUGUGACUUCUAUCAUAUUUUUUGGAUUUAGGGGCUAAUUUUUUUUUUUCUUCCAGUGUUUAAUUGCAAAAGAAGUCACAUUCCAA